CAUAGUGCUCAUUGGGAAGUUCUUGGGAUCACAUCAGCAGGUAGGAACAUCAUCUAGGAGCAGUAUGAGUGACAAGGACAAGUUGAUAUUGGCAGAGUCUGCCGAAGCUCUCAAAAAUGUGGACAAAAGGGAGUCGAGCUCAAAAGCCCCUUGGUAUUUUGCGAAUGGCUUCCUUUUGUUCUGGGGACUUCUCUUUUUUGCUGUGGUGCUGCCUUUCUUCAAUAAGCUGCCCACCCCGUUGACUAUGGAGGACGCAAAGAGAAAUGUAUUCAUAGCUGAGCGGGCCUACAACAAUUUGUACAAUCUGUCCAAUAUCGGUAACAAAUUGACUGGCAGCAAGGAAAAUGAGGUGGAUGCAGUCAAUUUCCUUCUAAGCGAGCUUGCACAGAUCAAGGCUAAUCUCCAAGAAGAUAUUUUCGAAAUGGAGAUUGAUGUGUCAAAAGCAACGGGGUCGUACCCGUACAAAACUGUGCUGAACAUGUACCGAAACGUUCAGAGCGUUGUUGUGAAAUUGUCGCCGAAAGCAAGCAACAGUGAGAACUAUCUUCUGGUGAACAGCCACUACGACUCCAAGCCAUACACUGCAUCUGCCGGAGAUGCGGGCUUUAUGAUUGUCACGAUGUUGGAGGUUCUGCGUGUGAUUGCAUCCACUAAACAAACCCUAGAGCAUCCCAUAGUCUUUCUAUUCAACGGAGCUGAGGAAAAUAUGAUGCAAGCAAGUCAUGGUUUCGUUACACAACACAAAUGGGCAUCAAAGUGCAAAGUUGUCGUCAAUCUUGAUGCUGCUGGUAGUGGAGGUCGUGAAGUCCUAUUCCAGUCUGGCCCCAGCCACCCCUGGCUCGUCAAUUAUUACAAGAAAUACGUCAAACAUCCAUUUGCAACCACCAUGGCUGAGGAAAUCUUCCAAUUGGGAAUUAUUCCAUCUGAUACAGAUUUCCGCCAGUUCAAUAUGUACGGAAAUAUUCCCGGCUUGGAUAUGGCCCAAAUUACUAAUGGCUAUGUCUACCAUACCAAGUACGAUCUUAGCUCCAUAAUUCCUCGUGGGUCUUUGCAGAACACUGGCGAUAAUUUACUUGAGCUCGUUCGUGGCUUGGCUAAUGCAACCGAGUUGAAUGAUAUAGAGGCUUAUAAAACAGGUCAUGCCGUGUUCUUUGAUUUCCUGGGCCUUUACUUCGUCAAUUAUUCGGAAGCCACUGGAAAAUCGAUCAACUUUGGUGUUGCCGGAGCGGUCCUGAUUUUUAUUUUCAUUUCAAUGUGGCGCAUGUCCGCCGUGUCCAAUGCUUCCUUAUGCAAUGUGGCCAGCUGGUUCAUUUUGGUCAUCAUCGUCCAGAUAAUUUCUUUUGUACUUGGCCUGGUGCUGCCUAUUGUAGUAGCAUAUGGAAUGGAUGCUUUCGGUCUAUCGCUGACAUACUAUAGCACACCCUUGCUGGUGGUCGGUCUCUACGUGUGCCCCUCACUGAUUGGCCUCAGUUUGCCCAUCACCUUGUACUACUCAGUGCAACGCAACGAGAAAAUAUCGAACGCCUACCAUCUGCAAUUGGCAUUGCACAGCCAGGCCGUCAUCCUAGCUCUUUUAGUCCUAGCUGCCACUGCGUAUGGCUUGCGCACCAGCUACAUCUUCGUAAUCCCACUGGCCAGCUAUAUGAUAUCCCUGGCCUUUAACUUGCUGACUACUCUGCAUGAUCGUAGCUAUGCCUGGACGGGUGUCCUCAAAUUGAGCCAGGUGAUUCCUUUCCUAUACAGCAGCUACGUGAUCUAUACCUUCGUGGUGGUGCUGACUCCAAUGGGUGCACGUGCAGGCAGUGCCUCGAAUCGGGACUUGUACAUUGCUGUGCUCGCAGCCGUAGGAGCUGUUCUCUCGUUUGGUUUCUUGAUUCCGCUCAUCAACGCUUUCCGCAAACCCAGCUUGGUGGUUCUGUCCCUGUUUCUGGUGACUGCUAUUUCUCUGUAUCUUGCCAGUAGCACUCAAAUCGGAUUCCCCUAUCGACCCAAGACCAGUGGACAACGAGUUGCAUAUUUGCAAGUGCGCAGCAAGUACUACGAGUAUGAUGGCACACUCAGCAAGGACUUCUCCGGAUACCUGUUCAACUUCCAGGAUAGGCGAGAGGACACGCCCCUAAAGGGCACAAAGGUCAAUCUGACGGGAUUGGCUAGCAUUAAAUCGGAGUGCGAGGAGCACAUGAUGUGCGGCCUGCCCUUGUUUGAUUACCGCUAUGUUCAGAAUAGACUUCAGAGCAAAUUUCUUAAGCGAGAUGAGCCUGUUCAAAUACCAGAGCCACCCACAACAUUGACCAAAAUGGCCAAGACAAAUAUUAACGCAACAACCGUUCGCUUGGAAUUCAACGUAACUGGACCCACCUACUUGAGCUUGUUCAUAAAGCCCUAUGAAGAUGUGACUAUCAGUGGAUGGUCGUUCCUAUCUAGCCAUCUGGCCAAGCCACCAACAGCUCCGCUACCGUAUCAUAUCUAUAUAACACACGGUAUUGACAUAACCCCAUUGAACUUCUAUGUGGACCUUACGAAAGCUGACGGCGACUUUGAUGUGCCAGUGCUACAACUUGGAGUGUCCGGACAUUACAUUCAAAGUCCUGGAGACGAGGAGGCAGUAAAGUUUGCUUCGUCAUUCCCCUCCUUCUCCAUAUUGGCACAGUGGCCUGCGAUAUAUCAACGCUAUAUAUUUUAAAUAGAGCAUUUAUAAA